CACCAUUCUUAGUUGGGCUGAUAACUCAUAACAAAUAUCUCAUCUUUCGAGCUAAGGUUAUAAAGAUUUUGACUCGCAAGAUUUUUCCUCUCAAAUACCGUCUUUGGACCAUACGAAAGGAAUCGAUCUCCACAGGCAAAGUUCAUUACAACACAUCCAAAUGAUGUCUAAGAACAAGAUGUCAGUGCUCCGUAAAUUUGGGGGCAACUUCAUUUGGGAAGCAAAUAAGGUUUAUUACAAGGGAGACACAAACCGCAUUGUUUGUGUUGAUCGAGGGAUUGAUUACAUUAAUCUUUUACCCAAAGUGUGUGGGAUUUGCCAGUUUACCGACAUUAGCAGCAUCAAGUACAAAUAUCCUGGUCUAGAUUUGGAUUCACUUGUGUCGAUUGAGAAUGAUGAUGACGUAUCCAAUAUGAUGGAAGCAUUUCCUCAAAGCAGUGAGCCUAUUCAGCUCUUUGUUUUUUGUGACCAAAAAUCUUCAAUCCCCAUUGUGAAUGCCAAUUUUCUAAUGCAGAACGCUGAUAAUGGAAAUGAUCAAGCAUCAUUGUGGGAUUUACAUGAAAGUAGUGGAACACUUGUGCCUUCCUCACAUAAUACUAAUGUCAAUAACAAUUAUCUUCCAAGUGCAUCAAAUAAUUUAUGUAAAGUGGACUGCUUGUUGAUGGAUAAUCAAGUGGUUAAUAGUUGUGUUAAUGACAUGCCAAAAAUUAUGUCGGUUUUAAAAGAAGGCCAAGAAUUUGAAGAUGCAAAUGCUUUCCACAAGGCUUUAAGGGAGUACGCCAAACGUUCAAAUUUUGAAUACAAGCGAACCAGGUCAGGCAGUGGCCGUUAUCAGGCGAAAUGCAUUAAAGACAAUUGCUCAUGGCGCAUACAUGCAUGGAAGCUUCCCGACAAGCCUACAUUCAAGAUAAAAUCCUUGAAGGGAGAUCAUACUUGUAACGUUGUGAAUGAGUCAACAAUGUCAAAUACAAGAACGCAUCGACAAGCCAGUAGGAAAUGGAUUGCUGAUUUGGUAAAGGACCGACUCCAGAAAAAAUUGUGUUGUACACCCAAAGAUAUUGUGGAUGAGAUUAGUCGAGAAUAUGGGAUCAAAGUGAGUUAUGAUAAAGCUUGGAGGGGUAAAGAAUUGGCAGUAAAAGCGAGGAACUUGAUUACAACUCUCAUGGAGAUUUGUGAAGAAAUACAGAGAACAAAUCCAGGAAGCACAGCAAAGCUUUGUAGGUCAUCGGACAACUCCUUGAGACUUUUUGUUGCAUAUAAGGCUGCCAUUCAUGGUUUCAAGCAAGCAUGCCGACCAGUUUUAAGGCUUGAUUAUUUGAAGAUAGAAGGAAAAUGCCGAGGUGUGUGGCUCUUUGCCAUGGCCAUUGACGCAGAAGAUGUUGGGUUCCCAGUCUCAUAUGCAUUUGUUGAAUCAAGAACGUAG